ACUUGCAUAUUCAUCAUCACAACAUAACACCUCUCAGCUAAUUCAUUACCAAAACUAGAGAUUUUGUCUGUAAGGUUUUAGUAUAAGCCAUUUCUCACUCAUCGAUGGCAAAUGUUAGAGGACCAGGAGGAGCCUUAUUAGGAGAUGAAAGUAGUACUUCUAGGCUGCGAAAUGCGGUUUUCGAUGAGACUGUUCCUUAUUCUGAUUGGACAGAAGACUCAGAUGGUCAUUAUCUUCUUGUUGAUCUUCCUGAUUUCAACAAAGAGCAGGUAAAGAUACAAGUUGUAAACGAUGGACAAAUAAAGAUUUAUGGUGAAAGAAAAGUGAAUGAGAACAAGUACAUUCGUUUCAACCAGACCUUCAAGGCGCCACAAAACUCAGAUUUGGAUGGCAUCACAGCAAAUUUUGAUGGUGAGAUUCUCCACUUAACUGUCCCAAAGGAAAAAGCACUUGUUCCACCCACCAAAAAUAAUCAAAAUUUGCACCAAAAAUCUACUAAUGAGAGAGAGAAGAAGAAAGAUCAUGAGGAUGAACAUCAUAAGAACCAAAAAAAAGAGGAGGAACACCAAAAAUCCACAAAUGAGGGAGAGAAAAAGAAAGAGAAAGAGGCAGAAGGAAGCCAUAGAAAGCCCUCUCCUUUGAGUUUUCCAGAAGAGAGUAUCUGGAGAUGGGAGUGCGAAACCAGUUAUCUUAGAAGUGCCAUGGAAAUGUUGAACAAAAACAAAGCACUUGUUGUGACAGCCAUGUUAGCAUUUUCAUUAGGGAUGUUCAUAACUCGCAAAUUCGAAUCUGAUGGAGAGUGAUUUCUUGCUUUGUUAUUUGUGUGUUGUUGAUUAAUUGUAAACACUGUGAUUACUAGUGUCUUGUGUAAUAAAAUUGGCAUGGAAAUUUGCCUAUAUACACCUUAAAGUAUUUUAAUGCUGAUUAAGAUCUGUAUACUUG